GCGGGGAGAAGGCUUGUCAGUCCGAUCUCGCGAGAGAAGACGGAAGCCUGUGGGAGCCUGUGGCCUUUAAAGUGCGGUUCAGCCUUUUCCUCUGGGGCUAGUUUGUAAACACGGCUCUGCUCGGGGCUCCCGGGUGACCGAGAGGAUCAUGAAUUAGUGACCUGGACAGGAAUAUUAGAUGGAAACUUAAGAAGCAUUGUUUACUUGGUAAGAGCUGAGGGAUCCCUAGCAGCAGAGUCAGUAAAACUCAUGGCCCACCAUCUAGAAAGUAUCCUGGCCAUGAAAAAGAGGACAUGAUAAGUUGUUUAACUUAUGAAAUUCAAGUUACAUGUGAAAGCUGCCAGGCAAUACAAGGACCUGUGGAAUAUGAGUGAUGACAAACCCUUUCUAUGCACUGCCCCUGGAUGUGGCCAGCGUUUUACCAACGAGGAUCAUUUGGCUGUCCAUAAACAUAAACAUGAGAUGACACUGAAAUUUGGUCCAGCACGUAAUGACAGUGUCAUUGUGGCUGAUCAGACCCCAACACCAACAAGAUUCUUGAAAAACUGUGAAGAAGUGGGUUUGUUUAAUGAGUUGGCAAGUCCAUUUGAGAAUGAAUUCAAGAAGGCUUCAGAAGAUGACAUUAAAAAAAUGGCUCUAGACUUGUCCCCUCUUGCAACACCCAUCAUAAGAAGCAAAAUUGAGGAACCUUCUGUUGUAGAAACAACUCACCAGGAUAGCCCUUUACCUCAUCCAGAGUCUACUACCAGUGAUGAAAAGGAGGUACCAUUGGCACAAACUGCACAGCCCACAUCAGCUAUUGUUCGUCCAGCAUCAUUACAGGUUCCCAACGUGCUGCUCACGAGUUCUGACUCAAGUGUAAUUAUUCAGCAGGCAGUACCUUCACCAACCUCAAGUACUGUAAUCACCCAGGCACCAUCAUCCAAUAGGCCAAUUGUCCCUGUCCCAGGCCCAUUUCCUCUCCUGUUACAUCUCCCUAAUGGACAGACCAUGCCUGUUGCAAUUCCUGCAUCCAUUACAAGUUCCAACGUGCAUGUCCCAGCUGCAGUCCCACUUGUUCGACCAGUCACCAUGGUGCCUAGCGUUCCAGGAAUCCCAGGUCCUUCUUCCCCUCAACCAGUACAGUCAGAAGCAAAAAUGAGAUUAAAAGCUGCUUUGACCCAGCAACAUCCUCCAGUUACCAAUGGUGAUACUGUCAAAGGUCAUGGUAGUGGAUUGGUUAGGACUCAGUCAGAAGAAUCUCGCCCACAAUCAUUACAACAACCAGCCACAUCCACUACAGAAACUCCGUCUUCUCCAGCUCACACAACUCCACAAACCCAGAAUACAAGUGGUCGUAGAAGAAGAGCAGCUAAUGAAGAUCCUGAUGAAAAAAGGAGAAAGUUUCUAGAGCGAAACAGAGCUGCAGCUUCAAGGUGCCGACAAAAAAGAAAAGUUUGGGUUCAAUCCUUAGAGAAGAAAGCGGAAGACUUGAGUUCAUUAAAUGGUCAACUGCAGAGUGAAGUCACCCUGCUGAGAAAUGAAGUGGCACAGCUGAAACAGCUUCUUCUGGCUCAUAAAGAUUGCCCUGUAACCGCCAUGCAGAAGAAAUCUGGCUAUCAUACUGCCGAUAAGGAUGAUAGUUCAGAAGACCUUUCGGUGCCAAGUAGUCCACAUACAGAAGCUAUACAGCAUAGUUCUGUCAGCACAUCCAAUGGAGUCAGUUCAACCUCAAAGGCAGAAGCUGUGGCCACUUCAGUGCUCACCCAGAUGGCAGACCAGAGUACAGAGCCUGCGCUUUCACAGAUUGUCAUGGCUCCUUCCUCCCAGCACAGCCCUCAGGAAGUUGAUUAAAAACCUGCAGUACAACAGUUUUAGAUACUCAUUAGGUUUUAGAUACUCAUUAGUGACUUCAAAGGGAAAUCAAGGAAAGACCAGUUUCCAUUUAUGCUAAAUCUGUGGUUGUAAUUUUUUUUUGUUACUUGAAAUUAAAUUUGGCUCUAAAGUUGAUGUAGCAGCAAUUGAUGAUCAGACUGAACAGUGGUUUUUUUAAAAGUCUGGAAAAAGACUCAUUUUGCUUUUUUUUAUAAAUAUUGUUAGAUUUAUUAAUUUUUCUGUGCUCAGUGUGUAUAUAUUAUAAUUCAUUGUGGCUUAUUUCGGUUUUAAUUUGGUGGUGUUUUAAUAAAUGGGGGUGUCAAUGAAUCUCUUUCCACUUCCAUUUUUUGCCCACUCCUUAACCCUCAACUGUAAUGGUAGUUUCAUCAUUUGUACCAAAGUUUUGCAUAGGGUCUAUUGACUUUGUAAUGCAAACAAAGUCAUGAAGCAGCACUAGGCAAGAGAAAGAUAAAUUUGCUUUUAAUCUUUUUGCCUUUUAUUUUGCACAUUAUGCAAAAGGAAAAAUAUUAGAAAACACCUUCAUUAGUAAAAAAAAAGGUAAAAGAUAUACAGUGCUUUUAUGUGCAUCCUUAAACAAGGUCAUUAAUACUGCAUUUUCUUUUAAGAUUUUUAAGUAGACAAAAAUUUU